CUCUCUCUCUUUUCUAUUCAUUUUUUUUUUUCUUUAACACACACACACACACAAAGUGCGGAUCCAUUUUUGCAGAGGAAAUACAUAGCCAUUUUUCUUCCAAAUUUGAUUUCAGACACUAUUAAUCAUCACCCUUAGAAUGUCCAUUGAAGAGGAAAAGACUAACGUUCGACCAGUCGCUGAUCUUCAGGGAAGCAGCGAAAAGAAAGAAGACGCUCAGUUCGAAGAUCAUGAACAUGUUGAACACGAGGAUGAAAUCUCUCCUGAGCUUGAGCUACUGCUACAUACAGAUCCCUCCGUGGGUCUUUCCAGUGCUGAAGUAGAAGAGCGCAGAGCAAAGUUCGGCUACAAUGAACUACCAGAAAAGAAACGAAAUCCUGUCAUCAAGUUCUUGCUCUAUUUUACCGGUCCUAUCUCUUACCUGAUUGAAAUUGCUUGUAUCAUCGCUGCUGUGGUCGGUGACUGGCUUGAUUUCGGUAUUGUCUUGGCUUUGUUAUUUAUCAAUGCUUUGAUCGGUUUUAUCGAAGAAGCAAAGGCUGAAUCCGCUUUGGAUGCCCUUCGUCAAACAUUGGCCUUAAAGACAAGAAGCUGGAGAAACGGUGAGUUGAUCGAAGUCGAUGUCAAGGAUUUGGUGCCCGGUGACAUUAUCGUUCUUCGUAUCGGUGACAUCGUUCCUGCCGAUGCACGUCUUCUAGGCCUUGGCGUCAACGGCGAAGUCAAUGAAACCGAACUCCACAUUGAUCAAAGUGCUCUGACCGGUGAAUCCUUGCCUGUACACAAGAAGAAGGGCAGCACUGUGUAUUCCUCGUCUAUCGUCAAACAAGGUCAAAACUUGGCUGUCGUUACAAAAACCGGUAUCAACACUUUCAUCGGCCGUGCCGCUAAUUUGAUUGCCAUCACCAACGAAGAAGGUCAUUUCCAAAAGAUCAUUGGCAAGAUUGGUAACGUACUCAUCUGGUCCACUGUCGUCUUGGUCGUCAUCAUCUUGGUUUACCAAUUGGUCAAGUUCCGUGGUACUCCCGCCGGUGACUGGAAGGAGGUCCUCAUCAACUGUCUUGUCUUGACCGUCGCUGCUAUUCCUGUCGGUUUGCCUACCGUCAUGUCUGUCACCAUGGCUUUAGGUGCGAAACAAUUGGCUUCCAAGAAAGUCAUCGUCAAGCGUUUGACGGCUGUGGAAGAAUUGGCCUCUGUCUCUGUUCUCUGUUCUGACAAGACCGGUACCCUGACUUUGAACGAAUUGACCUUUGACGAACCUUGGUUAACGAAUGGCUAUACCGCCGAUGACAUCCUGCUCUACUCCUACCUCGCUGCUGAACAAGGUGCCAACGAUCCUAUCGAAAUGGCUGUCCGUCGUGCUGCUGAAGGCUCUCUUGAAAUCUUGAAGAAUCGUCCUGCGAAAACUUUGGAUGUGCCUGGCUACAAAGUUACUGCUUUCCAACCUUUCAACCCCGUCACCAAGAUGACCGAAGCCACCAUCAAGGAUUUGGCCACCAACCAAUCGUUCCGUGUCGCCAAGGGCGCUCCUCAAGUCAUUACGAAAUUGGCCGGUGGUAACAAUGAUGCUGUCAAUGCUGUCAACUCGCUCGCUCGUCGUGGUCUUCGUGCUCUGGGUGUUGCCAAGACCGUGCCCGGUGAUCUGUCAAAGUUCGAAUUGGUCGGUAUGAUUUCUCUGUUGGAUCCUCCUCGUCCUGACUCAGCCGCCACCAUCCGUGAUUGUAACCUUCUCGGUGUCGAUGUCAAGAUGAUUACCGGUGAUCAAUUGAUUAUUGCCAAGGAAGUCGGUGCUCGUCUCGGUAUGGGUCGUGUCAUUUUGGAUGCUAACCAUUUGGUCGAUCCUACCAAGUCGGAAGAAGAAGUCACUGAACAUUGUCGUCGUGCCGAUGGUUUCGCUCAAGUCAUUCCGGAACACAAGUACCGUGUCGUCGAAUUGCUGCAAAACAAGGGUUAUUUGGUCGGUAUGACUGGCGAUGGUGUCAAUGAUGCCCCUGCUUUGAAAAAGGCCAAUGUUGGUAUUGCUGUCGAAGGAUGUACCGAUGCUGCUCGUACGGCUGCUGAUAUCGUCUUGUUGGCUCCUGGUCUGUCCACCAUCAUUGAUGGUGUCAAGACUUCUCGUGCCAUCUUCCAACGUCUUCGUUCCUAUGCUCUUUAUCGUAUCACUUCUACCAUUCAUUUCUUGAUGUUCAUGUUUAUCAUUACUUUGGUGGAGAAUUGGACGAUGCCGGCUAUUCUGCUCAUCAUGAUCUGUGUAUUGAAUGAUGCUGCUACCUUGGUCAUUUCUGUUGACAAUACCGAAAUUUCUGAACGUCCCGAUAAAUGGAGAAUCGGUCAACUCCUUACUUUGUCAUUUAUAUUGGCUAUCUGUCUUACUGCUCUGUCCUUUGCUCACUUCUACAUCGCCAAGCUCGUUUUCCACGUCCACCCUUACGUACUGCAUUCUAUCAUGUAUCUGCAUAUCUCUUCAGCACCUCACUUUGUCAUCUUCUCUACUCGUGUCCCUGGCCAUUGGUGGAAGAACAUGCCUCACUGGCUUUUCACAGUCAUCAUCCUGGCUACCCAAGUCCUCGCCUUGUUCUUCUCUGUCUAUGGUGUCUUUGGUGAACGUGAAAAAGUCGCUCCUUGUGGUUGGGGAUGGGGUAUGUCCGUUUUGGGCAUCUCUCUUGUCUACUUUAUGUUCCUUGAUCUCAUCAAGGUGUGGAUGUUUAGAAGAUGGAACUUUGCUCUUACUGCCAAGUUGGCUCCUACUCCCAAGCGUCGCGCCAAGUUGUCUGACCGUGAAAAGCAAGCUGAACAAAGAGAACGUCUGGAAACGGCUUGGACCAAGAUUAUAGACCCUGUGGAUGCUUAUCAGAUCAUUGCUGCUUUCAAACUUGCAGCGCAAUAAGAAACAGAGAAAAAAAAAAAAAAAAAAAAAA